AUAUAUAAAGUUUGAUUAUUGUUAUAGUGUCUGUGAUAUAAUUCACUAAAAUGAUUAAGUUAUAUUGGUCACCUUUAUGUUUCGUUUCUCAUUUACAAAUAGGGCAAUACACAUGCUUAUACACAUACAUUCUAUAUUGAUAAUUGUGAUUGGAUAACUUGUAAUGUUAAAUCGAUGAAUAACUAUAUUAUUGAAUUUUUAAUACUAUGGUGUGAAUGAAUACCUCCAAACGAAUUAAUUUUUGAGUUUUAUACAUAUCUAUAUAAUGAAAAUGCAGAGUAAAUCGUCAUCAUUACAAUCAGAGCAUCUUUCUGAUACUCGCCAUCAACAUCGCAAUCAUUACGGACAACAUAAACAUGGAGAACACUUUGUUAGAUUACCGUAUUACAUUUUAUUAGUAGCAUUAUUUCUAUCUUUAUACUUUCUAGCCACAUCUCUUAUCAUGGAUGAUAAUUUAUUUGCAAAAAAUCAAUCAGCUAAAGAUUUAGCCCAACAAAUAUUCAAUAUACUUGCAAUUGGAACAAUUCUAAUUGCAAUGAUAAUUGAUGUGAUACAAUUUUUCAUAAUUAAUAAAUAUCAAAAAUUAUGUACAAAAUGUUUAUUUGGUCUCAUAAUUCUAAGUUGUAAGUGUAUCGUUAAUUAAUCAUAUUUUCUAUGUAUUUUAAAUUAAUUAAAUUGUCCUUAAAUGACUUUUAAUGAAAGAUAAUGAAAAUAAUCUAAAUUAGUACAGUUUUGAUAAUUGAAUAUUGAUUUUUAUGUUCUGUAGUAAAAUACACUGUUAUUCAAUUAUUUUGAUUAGAAUUCACUAAUUAGCUCAAUAUUUCAAUGUGGAAUGAUGGUCAAUUUCUGUGAUAUUUUACUGGCUCAAAAAAAUGUUAACCUUACCUCAAUUAGUAACUAUGGUAUUUCAGCCUCACACAAGUGUAGUAAUAUUUGAAGCCUACAAUCUGGAAUUUUUUGUAUUGGUAUUAUUCUCUCGAGUUUAGUUUAAAUGUAAGAAGUUACUAGAUAUUCAAAUAUGAAAUUGUACCACAAUUAGACAUCAUAAUUAACCUAAAUUUUGCGUUGUCAUACUUGAUUGUAUUCGAGAGUAUCUCUCAACUUGCCCACGACCUAAAUAGGUGAACGGAUACAGUAAAUUGAUGUGAAUAAGCAUAUAGAUGGUUUUAUUGCUAAGAAGCUUUCAAGUACAAUAUAUGGAGAGUGUAUACCUUUUUUCAUACAAAAAGUAUCCAAUGAAUCACUUAGAAACUAAAGACAAUUUUAUUUUAGUCGAUCCUGUAUUUUAAUUCACUUGAAUCUUCUCAUUGAUAUUUAGGACUGCAAUUGACCAGUCUGUUAUUGACAUAUGUGCAUACUGUGCGUAUUGCCUCGAUACUGUUUUAAUUCACAAGAAUUAUAUGCAAGGAUGGAUAGUGGUUAGCAGUGGAAUCCAGGACUCGCAUUUCAUCUUAUUUGGGACUCGUCAGCUAGAUGUACCUGUAUCUCAGAGUUGAUGUUCACUCUGGGAUUCGAACUCAGUACCGUUUGUUUCAAACACCAUCGCGUUAUCCACUUAGCUACUGAGUCCUGGUAGCCACUUUUAUUUUGAACUGUAAGUAAACAUCAAAUGUUAUACUACAACACUAUUUCAGUCGGCCUUUUAUAUACUCCAUCAGAUUCAUUUUCCAAAAUUUGUUAAUCUAAAUAUAUCCUAGAAGAAAUUACCCGAAAUUUGUAUUUAUCCAGAUGAUGUAAACUAAGUAUUAUCCAACAAUUUCUAUCAAUCUAGUAACGUUCGUAAACUGGUUCGUAGUCUGUUGUAAAUUUCUAAAUAUAAAUUAUUAUUAUGAUUCCUGAUCACUAUGAUUUGAAUUUGUCCAUCCAUCUAACAUCAUGAAUACGAAUUGUUGAACCAAGACAUUUACAUAGUCUUAUGAAUUAAGAAAGCAUCUCAACUUGUGAUAUAAAGGUGAUUGAAAUGUAAAAGUUUAUUUAUUGAUCUCAAUUUGAACAAAAUGAAAUUUGACAUUAUAAUUCUGAUUGUAUAUUAAUCGGCAUUAAAACAAGUCAGAUGUUGAAGAUAUAACAGGACAAAGUUUACGUGUAGCAGUUUCUUUGUUCAGUAAUUAAUCAACAAAUUUACUGAGGUUACAUCGAUUUAUUGGUUGUAUUCUUUGUUACUAUUUUACUUUGUUUCUGCGCUAGAUCUUCAUUUUAAUGUUAAAUUCCUAAAGUAAAACACUUUGUAAAUUACAUUUUUCUGAUCACACCAUCGUAGCUCACAAAAUCACAGACUGUUUAAUUUAUAUCUAAAGUACUUUCAUUUUACCGAUUCUCAGAGAUUAUACACAGAUAGUCAGUAUCUGCCAGUGGUAAUUUCGUUCAUGGAAUAACAGUACAAUUAAUUCCAAUGAAUAUACCGAUACUAUGAAUUUUGUCACCGUAAAUACAAAUGUAAUAAUAAUUUAAAUAGUGUAAGUCUUUAUCUUGCUAUAAAAAACGAUAAAUAAUUUGGGUUGGUACAGAGGUAAUCAUAUUAAUCGCGUGAGCGACUAUCUCGCUAACUUUCAUCACGGUUUUCUAGCUAAUAAAAUCUUAUACUUUGUUCAGGUUCACAUCUCAGCUCACUUACAUAAGAAAUAUAUUUUAUCAAACCUAACAGAAAAAGUAUGAAUUUGAUUUAUGCGAUUAGAAAAUUUUAUUCGAAAGUAACUCAACAAGUUACCAUAUUUUGAUACUACUAAAGUAUUUUAUUACAUAUAACAAUGCUUACGUAAUGUGAAUUAGAGGAGCAUUACGCUAUCCAAAGAAUUUAUUGCGAACGACGAAAUCCAUCUAUAUUGUGUGCAUCUUAUCAUCUUAAACUAGGGUUCGGCGUCAAACGACUGACUCUUGUUAGUUAUCCACUCUCUAACCAAUAAUAUUUAGCAAUAAAAGUUCCAGAUAUAAUCUUAAUUACUUAGUGAUACGAACAGCAUAAAAUGAAAUAUUAGAAAAAUUCUAUUUCAGUCUAUUUCUUAUGUUAAAUUAUCUAUGAUUUUCCUGAUUUUAUGUGACAGCUCAUUGAUUAUUUAUUGAUACAUCAGCAAUUGAAAACCAAUAUAUCGUAAGUGACAAUAAAGCGAUCACUUAAACGAUUGGAAACUAUUGAAUUUGUAUCUUUGUUACUUAUAUCUUUUAAUCAAAAUUUUUUUCACUUGCUUUUGGUAGCAUAACACAGUAUAUUGAAGUAAGUUGUGAUUGAGAAAAUCAAACAUUUGAACACGAUAUAGAUUCAGUCUGAUGCCCAACUCUAUGUCUGUAUAGACGGGUUUUUAUUUCAUCUGAUAUAAAUGUAUCAGAUUCAUGUAGAAUUUGCAAAACAAAAGAUAUCUUUGGUGAAAUGCAUAAUUUCUAGAUCUCAGAUUAUGAACUGAUCUUAGAUUACUAUUAAAAACCUGGAGGCACUAUGUGGACAUUUCAUCCGAUCACAGGGCUCUUCAGAAGUGUUUCUCCACAAUCCACAUCAAGGAAUCAAAUCUAAGACCCUUAGUUUCUCUUAAGAACGCUCACUUCUAGACCAUUGAGUCGUGUGUUAUAAAAUCUAUACAAAUUCUAUAAUCUCCUUAAAACCUUACACUAAAAAUGUAUAUCUGUCAGUACUAAUUUGUUUAUUCAUUCAUUGUUCUUAUUUAUUUCAGUUAUUUUAGCAAUGACUGCAGCAACAUUGGCUAAUAUUAAUUCACAAUUUUAUGGAACCAGAAAAAUACCUCAUCCAUCAACAUGUUUAUUAGCUGGAAGUGCAAUUACUUUCCUAACAUUUUUAAUUGCAGUUGUUCCUUGUCUUGAACGACAAUUAGAUUAAUUACAAUUAUUAAAAUUGAUGAUUAAUUUUACAGAAAAAAAAACAAAAAGAUUUUAUUUUCUACACUAAACUACCAUAUAUUCAAAAAUAUAAAUGAUUUAAUCAACAAAA